ACCUGCGGACACAGGCCUCUUACCAAUUUAUGGAUGCAGGAUUUGUGGGUCUUAUCUUUUCUUGUUUCAACACUGAUCCCAAUUUGAGUGGCCAUUUAAAAGUGUAUUGUUUUCAGUCAGUGAACAUCAAAACUGAGGGGAGUCCUCCACAGUAUCAGCGAGCUGACAUUGAGCUGCAAAUAGUCCAUACAGAGGUUUUGUCAAAGGCCACUUUAAACAGCUUGUCAGAACUGCCACAAAUACUCUCAAAGGAAGAAGAAGAGGCAUACAGUAAAACUUUGAACUCUAAGGAUCUAUUAACAGCAGUUCAUAAUAGUACAGUUUUUACCAAGGCUUUGUGCCAGCUCAUGGAGGUUAUGUGUGGACCUCUCCUUCAAACACUGGAGAACAGAUUACAGGUGAAUCUCAAAAGAACAGCUGCGUUGGAAACGGAAAAAGAGACAUUGGAGAAGGAGAUAAACAGUAUAAAGACGGAAUUACAGGAAUCAAUGUGAGAAAGACGGCGGAGCUAUUUAUAACAAAGAUCGUAUUUUCCACCGUAAUAUCAGCUUGACAAGCUGAGAAUAAACUUAAAGAGAACUCAGUCACUUCA